AUGGUGGCCGCUGGUGGUGGGGGAUUUGAUUAUGAUGGUAGUGGUACUCUGGCUGGUUCUGGUGGCGGUCUGAAAGGAUUUGAUGGCGAUGGAAAAGGAGGAAACCAAACCUCCGGAGGUGAUGGUUAUUAUAAAGGAAUUUUUGGAAUAGGCGGUGGAAAUGGAGAGAGAGUGUACACUGACACCACACCUGAUGGAAAUGCAGGGGGUGGUGGGGGCUAUUUUGGAGGAGGAUCUGCAGUCCUUAUUUGGAUUGGCUCAGCAGGCGGCGGAAGUUCAUACAUAAGCGGUUAUCCAGGAUGUAUUUCUGUUGAUAAAGAUUAUUCGGAGAAUAAUCCUAAAUUUUCAACUGCAGAAGAUCCUUCGAUCCAUUAUUCGGGAAUAAAAUUUGAGAAUCCUGUGAUCAUUGAUGGAAAAAGUCCUAUGCCCAUCCCUAAUCUUAACAAAUCAAUUCCAGAGUUUGGUCAUCUAGGAAAUGGCCACGUAAUCAUUUCCACAGCUGAAAAAUUUGGCUAUCCAUAUUUCUCUCGAAUUAAUGCUAUACCAUACAAAGUUGUUUGUUCAAUUCCAUUGAAAGUUGGGCGCAGCUUUGAUGAUAUAUUCAUAUUAUCUAUUAUGUACUUGUCUCUCGUAUAA